CUCUCCGAACAUCAGAGAAUCCACACAGGGGAGAGGCCCUAUCAAUGCAGUGAGUGUGGGAAAACCUUCAAUCGCAGCUCAAACCUUUUUACCCAUCAGAGAAUCCACACAGGAGAGAGACCCUACAUGUGCUCUGAGUGUGGGAAAAGCUUCAGUCAGAGCUCACACCUUACCUCACAUCAGAUAAUCCACACAGGUGAGAAACCUUAUGGAUGCUCUGAGUGCGGGAAACGCUUCCGUUGGCGCUCACAUCUUAUCAGACAUCAGAGAAUCCACACAGGAGAGACGCCCUACACAUGCUCUGAGUGCGGGAAACACUUCAGUCGGGGCUCAAGCCUUAUCACACAUUUGAGAAUCCACACAGGAGAAAUGCCCUACACAUGUGCCGAGUGCGGGAAAAGCUUCAAUCAGAACUCGCACCUUAUCACACAUCAGAGAAUCCACACAGGAGAG